AUGCUGAGGAUCGCUUUAUUUGUGUUGGUGGCUCUAUUCUGUACGGUUUUGUGCCAGCCCUUGGAUUUACAAGAAAAGACUGAUGAUGACUCAAACGCGGUGCAACAUCAUGUGAGUCGGAGGUUCGUGAACCCCAUGUUUGCGCUUGGAGGCAACGGAGACAGUUCUGUCACCAAGAUGAGGACUAAGAGACAAGCGGACGAGUGUGAAAAACUAGCGCUAUGUAAACUACACGCGAGAUCACAAAGGAACUUCUUUGCUGCCUUCCAACUAUACUUCGUCAACAAAGAGAAUGCCAAGCUAUGGGACCACCAGGCAAGAUCCAUCGCAGACUGUAAUGAACGAUUUGGAGAUUGUUAUGAAUAA